AUGGCUGCGACGGCGGCGGACGCAAGCAGCAGCAGCAGUAGCAUUAACGAGGUCGUGGUGGGCGAGAAGAGCAACAAGAUGAUCACGCUGAUCAGCUGCGACGGCGAGGCGGCGAAGAUGUCGAUGACCAUCAAGCACAUGAUCAAGGACGGGUGCGUCGACGACGGGAUCCCCCUUCCCAACGUCCGCGCCAAGAUCCUCUCCAUGGUCAUCGAGUACUGCAGCAAGCACGCGGCCAAUGACGACGACACCAACAAGCACGUCACAGACCCCGCCGACACCGACGAGGACGGCGACAAUAACAACAACAACGCCAACGCCGGCGAGAAGGAGAACCUGAAGAGCUUCGACGCCAGCUUGGUCGCCGUCGACCAGGCCACGGUGUUCGACAUCAUCCUCGCCGCCAACUUUCUGAGCAUCAAGGGGCUCCUGGACCUCGCUUGCCAGAAGGUGGCCGACGACAUCAAGGACAAGUCGGUUGAGGAGGUGCACGAGAUUUUCAAAAUCGAAAACGACUUCACCAAGGAAGAGGAGGAGGCCGUCAGAAAGGACAACGCCUGGGCCUUCAACGAGUAG